GAAAAAAAUGAGACCGCACAGACGGUAAAACUUUUUAAAGGUCCGUUAUGUGAGCACGAGGAACUAACAGACCGACAUAACACGGUUAACCCCCUCUAAAGUUCUGUUUGUGGUUCAUUUUCAUUUACCGGUCACGGUAGCCGGCACGUGCUACCGGUUUCUGCCUGGAGGAAGAUUUAAAGAGACGUGUUUUUGUUUUUUUUUUUCCCGGUAGACAGUAGAGAUGUGGGUAGGCGGUGGACGGAGUCAACUCAGUAACCGUAAACUCACUGCAAACUUACCGUGAACACGGAUUUAACGGUAACGGAAUACCGGGAGAUCUGUUUUUCAUCUCACAGUCACUUUGGACUGGUUUAACGGAGAUUUAUUCGGUUUAUUUGACGGAUUUUCACCAGUGGAACACCGGCUGCCCGGAGGCUCGUAACCAAAGCAACAUGUUGCAGUGGCUGAGUGAUAUUUUCUGGCAGGAGCGUCUCUGGUUUCCAGAAGGUUUAGGGUGGGCGGAUCUUGAAGAUAGGGAUGGACGUGUCUACGCAAAAGCAGGGGACUUGUGGGUGGCCCUGCCCAUCGCGUUCGUCUUCCUCAUACUUCGUCAGAUCUUUGAAAGUACGGUUGCUACGUAUCUGGCCUCGUUGCUGGGAAUAAAAGAAACCUUACGAAGAAAUGCAGCUCACAAUCCAACACUGGAGUCAUACUACUGUCACUCCAGCAAAUACCCAACACAGAAGUGUGUAGCGGAGUUGUGUAGACAAAGCGGCUGUUCAGAGAAGCAGCUGCAGCGUUGGUUCAGACGGAGAAGAAACCAGGACAGACCCAUCCUGAUUAAGAAGUUCAGAGAGGCCAGUUGGAGGUUUGUGAUUUAUCUCUUUGCCUUUGUUGCUGGUCUAGUCGCUCUCAUUGAUAAACCAUGGCUGUAUGAUUUGGAAGAGAUGUGGAAGGGAUUCCCAACUCUGACUGUCUUACCCUCCCAGUAUUGGUACUACAUGCUUGAGUUGGGAUUUUACUUCUCUCUCCUCUUCAGCGUGGCUUCAGAUGUCAAACGCAAAGACUUUAAAGAGCAGAUCAUCCACCAUGUUGCCACCAUCACACUGAUCAGUUUCUCUUGGUGUAUGAACUACAUCCGUGCAGGAACUCUCAUCAUGUUUCUGCACGAUUCCUCUGACUACCUACUGGAGUCAGCUAAGAUGUUUAACUAUGCAGGAUGGAGGAAGACCUGUAACUACAUCUUCAUUGUGUUUGCUGUGUUCUUCAUCAUCACCCGACUCGUCAUCUUCCCAUUCCGGAUCCUCUACUGUACAUGGGUGUAUCCUCUGACGCUCUACUCUCCAUUCUUCGGAUAUUACUUCUUUAACGGGCUGCUGCUGGUGCUGCAGUGUUUACACGUGUUCUGGGCUGCACUCAUCAUCCGCAUGGCACUGCGCUUCCUGCCCCACAACGAGAUUGUGGAAGACGAGAGGAGCGACAGAGAUGAGACGGAUGACUCUGAGGAGGAGGACGAGGAGAGGAACGGUGACAUAAAGAAGCAUGGAGCGUUACGGAAUGGCUACACCACGCACAACAACAACCACCGCAACCACCGCAAAGCACACUGACAGAGAAACUGAGACACAGAGAGAGAGAGAGAGAGAGAGGUUCCAUUUAUUCUCUCUUCUCCUCACACACACACACACACACACACACACACACACACACACACACACACACACACCACUUUACCGUGUGAGUAUGCUACUGCUACAGAUGCUGCUAGCUGCUAGCUCACCUCCAGGCCCAGAGAGGAGCCUCCAAAAAAGAGCUCGAGAUGGCUGAUGAUGUCAUGAGGUCACAUGACCACCAUUUUGGUGCUUCCUCUUUUUACAUUCUGUAAAAUGAACACUCCUUUAUGGGCAUAAUGUACACAUUUUUCUGCAGCAACACCAAAUUUUUCCAAAAGUUUGGUGUUGCACAAAAUGCUACACUUGUGCUUUACCCAAAGAGUCAUUAGCUAAGUAGCUAGCUUCAUUAGUGUGCUAGAUCUGGACUAUUUAUUUGAGUGAGUAAGGCAACACAGGAAAAACAUUUUCAGUUUUCAAGUGCAUCACAUUAAAUAAAUACAAAUUGAUGACAGGACACUAAUUUUUAGUGAGUGCGCAACAUUUCACUAGUCACCUAGUUGGGGAUCUAGGGCUCUAAUACGGACUUGGUGCACUGCUGUGUGCAUAAUGAUGCCAAAGUGCCAGAAAGAUAUAUAUAUAUAUAUAUAUAGAGAGAGAGAGAGAGCAAGAGAGGAACAAACUGCAGCAUUGUCUUUGGUUUAAUGAAUCACGUGCCUUAUAUGUCCUUUCUGUCCUCGUCUGUCUGUAAUCCCUCUGUUUCUGUUCAAUUUUAAUACCAAACCUGUCUCACUGUCAAACGCCACUCACGUUAAAGCAGAAUCUUCACAUGAAUCUACACGGGUGAUCCCUCGUGUGUGUGUGUGUGUAAAUAUUAUAUAUUUACAUAUAUGUAUUGCAGAUUGUACACCAAGUGUGUAGUGAAGCGGUACAUCUGGGACACGUUCUCUAGCAGCUUUUCUGAUGGAGUUAGCUAAAAGGAAUACACACCUGCCACAUCCCAAACCAUAUAUUACCAUCCUAAACCACAACUGUAACUGAGGUAGUUAAUAUGUUAAAAGGACAUAACAUCAGCCAUGUCCCGAACUCCAUACCACCAUACUAAAAAGUAUGCUCAACAUUUAAUAAAUAAUUAAAUAAAGACUGGCCUUGUUCCAAACCACAUACUAAUAUACUAAAUAGUAUGCUAUGUCCAAAAAAAAAAAGUUUGCUGUGUUCCAAAUUGCAAAUUAGUAAAUAGUAUGUCAAAACAAGAUAAUUAAAAGCUAAAAGAGUGGCUGUGUUCCAAAUCACAUGAAAAAUAAAUGAGGCAGCAUCCCAAAUUGCAUACUACCAAAGAAAAUAGUGAGUCACUCCUUGAUCUCUCUCGUUCUCUAUUUUUUUUUUAUCUCUGUUUUAACUUACUGCUGCGUCCUCACCACCCCCAGCCAAAACUUAACUACAGUGUUAUCAUUUUUAUUCUUCUGUUUACUGAGCUGCAUUGUUUGAUGAUGAUCAUGAUGGAGCUAAUAAACCAGUGAGAAUCACA